AUCAGAGAGACUGACUGCUAGCAAGCAGGGAAAGGCAGAGAGUGAAGGCUGAGGGAGGUACCAAGGUUAUAAAGAGACGAGGAAGGAGAGUCAAAACGUGUGACAAAGCUGGGAGAAAGAAGGAGAGGGACGUUGAUAGCACAUCGUGAAAGUGAAAAGUUAUAAAAGACGUACCUAGGAAUAGAGGAGAUUAAAAGAGUGGUUAUUAAGAAAUACCUAAAAGGUUCUGUCAGAUCAAAACACAGAGUUGAAGGUAACAAAACGAAGAAGAGACAUUAAAGAAAAGAGGUCUUCAGAGUUGAGCGUUAGUAAGGGGUUUUGUGGUCAUCCAAGGAAUGAACCCUACUUUCUGAUUUACAAACCCAGUGAUGGAGCCCAAAGGAAGGAAGAAGAUCCAGUUCUCGGUAUCUGCACCCCCAACCCAGCUGGACCCUCGGUCAGUGGAAAUGAUCCGAAGACGCAGGCCCACACCAGCAACCUUGUUCCGAGUGUCUGAACCCCAGUCUCCAGAUGAAGAUUCCACAUCACAUCAGACAGCAGAUUCUCAGCUUCUGAAAACAAAGCGACCAAAUCCAUGCGCUUAUAUUCCUCCUUCUAUUAAAGCUGUCCAGCGCAUUGUCCAGUCCCACCUGGCAUCCCUUGGUACGCUUGGUGACGAUGAUGAUGACGAUGAUGAUGAUGAUGAGGGGGAAACCGGUAGUGGUGCAGAAGAGCCAGAGGAUUGCAUAAUGGAAGAUCGUGUCGAGCAGAGCAAACUAGGUGAUGUAAGCCCGCCAUCUAGAAGUCUUGAGACUCUUUUGCAUAACACUCUCCUGGAGGAAAGAGCAGAGAUCACGGAACAGGAAGAAGACACACAAAACGAUACAAAGUGUGAUACCCAGAUUGCCUGUGUGACGCAGCCCUGAUGAUCUGAACUGUGUAUACCUCUAAGGACUGGAACCAAAAUGCUAUUCCCAUUAGUGUGACCCUUUUAUUCCUAAUAAGCACUAGUAGUUACCCCCCAAGAUAACCUCUAUGUACCUGCAGAGAAUCCUAUAUAUUUAUGCGAUAGAAACUGCUUUAAUCGAAAAAUAAAACCUAUAGUUACCUGA